UUAGUUCCGGCCGUUGGACGGGCGGACCGGCGCGCCUGCUGCCAUGCACGUCUCCGGCGCUGGCGGCUGCUAUCUGGAGAGGAGCGACCCGCGCCAGUCGCACGAAGGACGUCAUGUCGCGGUGACCGGGGUGCGGAGGCGCGAGGUGUGUUGUCGCAGUGUCGCAACGACGUGCCGGCGCGGCGCCGCGUGCGAGCGGAGGAGGCAGUGAGGCAGUGAAAGCACCUGUGUGCACGCGACGAGACGAGACAUGGGCACCGUGAGCGACGAGAACGGCACGCCGAGGUGCCGGCGGGCCAAGAGCGUGUCCCGAGCCGAGGACAUUCAGAAGCAGGAGGCCAAAGUUCGCCGAUCGCAGCCGGACAAACCAUGCCACAGGCCGAGAGACUCGCUGUUCUCGUGGUCGUCCGGGUUCGACAAUUUCACUGGCUUCGUGAACUGGGCGUUCCUGAUUCUCACCGUCGGAGGUAUCAGGCUGCUCUUGGAGAAUUUGAUAAAGUAUGGCAUCCGCGUGGACCCCCACCAGUGGCUCAUCGUACUCACCGGCCAACAAGAGGGCGGGGCGGAGCACCCAUCCAUCGUGCUGCUCUUGUAUUCCAUAGUUCCUGUAGUUCUCUGCCUUCUUAUUGAAAAAGGAAUGGCUGUGGAGAUCAUAGCUCAUGCGCCUGGCAUGUUUGCUCACAUUGUCAAUCUCUUGGUGAUGGUGCUGAUUCCCAUGGUGGUCAUUCACCUCAAGAACACUGCAUUCAGUUUGUUUGGUGCCUCAAUGGUGUGCUUCACGUAUUCGGUCAUGUUUUUGAAGCUGUGGUCAUACGUUCAAGUGAACUACUGGUGCCGUGGGAGCCGGCUGGAAGCGUCUUCGAGAACUCACGUGAGGAGACAGAGUUUGUCAAAUCACAAUCUCGGGGGAACGCCCGGGGGACCGACUGGAGCGCGGGCGUUGCUUGCAGCGGGCACGGCCAACGGCUCGGCGAGCCGGGACGAGAUGGAGACGAAGCUGGUGCAGUACCCGGACAACCUGAACCUCGCAGACGUGCUGUACUUCAUGUGCGCGCCCACGCUCUGCUACGAGCUCAACUUCCCCAGGACCAACCGCAUACGGAAGAGGUUUUUGAUGAAGCGCCUUCUUGAAGUGGUUGUGGGAUUCCAAGUUUUCAUGUGUUUGUUUCAACAGUGGAUCAUUCCCUCCGUCAAGAAUUCCCUCAUUCCCUUCUCGAACAUGGACAUUGCCAAAGUAACGGAGAGAUUACUGAAACUAGCUAUUCCUAACCAUUUCAUCUGGUUGAUCUGGUUCUAUCUGGUGUUCCAUUCUUUCCUGAAUCUUAUUGGGGAAUUGAUGCACUUUGCCGAUCGCAACUUUUACUGCGACUGGUGGAAUGCGAAUAACAUUGAUAUCUUUUGGAGGUCGUGGAAUAUGCCAGUGCACAGAUGGGCUGUCAGGCACUUGUACAUUCCGUUGGUGGGCCAGGGCUACAGCAAGACUCUAGCGAGCACGCUGGUGUUCUUCAUCAGCGCGUUCUUCCACGAGUACCUGGUCAGCGUGCCGCUGCGCACCUUCAAGAUAUGGGCCUUCACGGGCAUGAUGGGUCAGAUCCCUCUCUCGUACGUUAGUCGCAUGAUGGAGAAAAAAUUCGGGCCUAGGUGGGGCAACAUCGUGGUGUGGUCGUCUCUGAUCAUUGGCCAGCCGCUGUGCAUCAUGAUGUACUACCACGACUACGUCAUGAUGCACAUGGGAGAGGAGCUGCUGGAGAUCUACGGCCGGACGUGAUGUUCGCGACAGCUCCGCAAGCGCUCCGAGCCACGACCGGGGUUGGAGGUUGCCGCGAAGUCUCACCACCCACGGAACUGAAUCUUCUGAUGAUUGCGGCAUUCACGUUUAGGGUAACAAGUGGAGUGUAAUUGCAGCGUCUGUCUAUAAUUGGGCGAAAAUAGGGAAAUUAAUAUGAUUGUAGUUGUAUCAGCAAAUUUGUUGCACAUUGAUGAUGUCUGAAUGUUAGCUAGUCUGUCUUGAAUGCUAUACAUAUUUAUUGCCUAAAAAUGAAUGCAGUGACUGUUCUGGGGCAAGUUAGGUAUUGCCAUUCAUUUUGAAAAUCCUGUUCCUUAACUGAAAAAUUACCAGCGGUAAUGCUAAGAGUUUGAUUUUUUUUUUUUUUCAUUUACAGUGCGUUUAUUUGGUGGUUUAUAUAUUUUAUAGUUCGAAGAUUAUAAUAAUGCAUUUACUCAAUUUUUGUGAUAAUUUUUCCAUAGUGCAUUUUGUAUUUAUGGAUCGUACCAUAUUUGAAGCAAAUAUUUUUAUAUGUGAUUUUGUGAAUUAAUGAGUUGAAAUUUGCUUUUGUAAAUUUAUUAUGACUUAGGUUUAAAAUUUACAUUAAGUUUUUGUACUAUCUAUGUAGCAUUGAGAAUUAAUAUUGUUUGUUGUCUUUUGUUUUGUCAUUAUACAAAAUUACUAGAUGCCAACUCUAUAGGUAGGUAGUAACUUAGAUUACAAAAUUGUUUUUGAUAUAGAUUAUAUUUUAUUAAAUAAUUAAAUACAUUUGAUUGCCUAGUAUUGCAAUAUUGGUAAUGCAGGCUGAAUGAUUUGAGAUAGCAAAUGCAUUUGAUAUAAAAUGUUGAAAUGUAGUUUUGUAGAAUAUAUAUCUUUUUACAUAAA